ACAAAUGGAGUUUGACUGAAUAUUAUAAUCAUUAUGCAGUCGUGCAGCGCAAGAUUUGAGUUGCUGACGUAGACGACAUCACCUCAGCCAAUGACAACGCGACAUCUUUACUUCACUCCCCCUGAAUCAUGAUUCAAAACCUAGCUUUUGCCCUCAAAUCGUUCACCGCCGCCAUGGCCUCCGCUUCAAAUCUAUCGCCUCCGAUGUCCAAAAGAACCCGCCUGAAAUCGAAAUCUCAAUCUCUAUUACAGUCCCAGUCUGAAACGCUGGAGAUUCCGUUUCGAUCCACAAAAAUACGGAAGAUGACGGUCAAACCACCAAUCGCCGGCGAGAAUGACCCAACCCGAUCAGUUCUGAACCCGGCCUAUCCCGUCAAAUCGUUAUCGUCUACGGAUGAAAUCUGUACGGCGAUCGAUCACUUACGCCGAUCGGACCCUCUCCUGAUAAAUCUGUUAGAUUCGUGCGAAACCCCCAAAUUCAAAUCGAAUCCCCCAUUCCUAGCCCUAACGAAGAGCAUUCUGUACCAACAGCUCGCUACAAAGGCCGCCGAAUCAAUCUACAAUCGGUUCGCCGCGCUGUGCGGCGGCGAGGCGGCGGUGGUCCCGGGCGCCGUGCUGGGGCUGUCGGCGCAGCAGCUGCGGGUAAUUGGAGUUUCGGGGCGGAAAGCGAGCUACCUCCAUGACCUAGCGGGGAAAUUCGUGGAGGGGAUUUUGACGGAAUCUUCGAUUCUGGAGAUGGACGACGAGACUCUGGUGAGGACGUUGACGGCGGUGAAGGGAAUCGGCGUUUGGUCGGUGCAAAUGUUCAUGAUUUUCAGUCUGCAUCGGCCGGACGUGCUGCCGGUGGGCGAUCUCGGCGUCAGAAAAGGCGUGCAGCGGCUGUACGGACUGAAGGAGUUGCCGAAGCCAGUGGAGAUGGAGAAACUGUGCGACAAAUGGAAGCCGUAUAGGUCGAUGGGCGCUUGGUACAUGUGGAGGCUAAUGGAACUGAAGGAGAUCGUGAGUAAAGGUCGCGAUUUAUCAGGUAAAUCGGAAACCAGAGGUGGYGUUGUACUGUAACUUGAAUUGUUCUAGUGGUGGGCCUAAUUUGCAAUUGUGUAAUUUUGAGAACUCAACUCUAAACAAAGAGUACUUCCAAUUAUUUAAAUAACGAAGUAUGGUUUAAUUUCAA